CUGUUUUCAAACUUCCUCAGUAGAAGUGGUACCCUAUCCCUUUCUCUGAUUUUUUUCUCAUCUCUCGCGUUCAGUACUCCAUCUCCAGGACCCGGUUCCGUCCGAGGAGAGGCCCCCUACAAGGCGGAACGGCUCCGGUGACCGCCCGUCUCUCCUCCCUCUCUUCCUUCCCUUUUGUCUAAGCAGAGCCACCGCCCGCCCCGGCUCCGGCUGGAACUCGAACCCGGAUAGUCUAGUCCGAUCCCGGUCGCGUCCAUGCUCCCGGCCCGAAUGAAUCCGCAGGUGCAGCCAGAGUGCAGCGGGGCUGGCCAGGGUCCUGGGCAACUGAGGAACCAGCAGCCCCAGCAGCAGCUCCAAUCACCGUCACCUCUGCAACCCACUCGGAAAGCUGUGGAACUAGUGUUGGUGAAGAAGCAGAACGGGGUUCAGUGCGUCCUUGCGCCCCGAGGCGGGGAUUCGCAACCCCGAGAGACCUGGGGCAAGAAGAUCGAUUUUCUCCUGUCCGUGAUCGGUUUUGCGGUGGACCUGGCCAACGUUUGGCGUUUUCCCUACCUCUGCUACAAGAAUGGUGGCGGCGCUUUCCUAAUCCCAUAUACCCUGUUCCUCAUCAUUGCUGGGAUGCCUUUGUUCUACAUGGAAUUGGCUUUGGGUCAGUACAAUCGGGAAGGAGCUGCUACUGUGUGGAAAAUCUGCCCAUUUUUCAAAGGUGUUGGCUACGCUGUUAUCCUCAUUGCUCUCUAUGUGGGCUUCUACUACAAUGUCAUCAUUGCCUGGUCUCUCUACUACCUGUUCUCUUCAUUCACCCUUAAUCUUCCCUGGACCAAUUGUGACCACCCGUGGAACAGUCCGAACUGCACAGACUCCAAGUUUCUCAAUGGGUCUGUGCUAGGCAAUGGAACCAAAUACUCCAAGUACAAGAACACUCCGGCAGCUGAAUUCUAUGAGCGUGGUGUGCUCCACCUUCAUGAGAGCAAUGGGAUCCAUGACAUUGGCAUGCCUCAGUGGCAACUCUCUCUGUGCCUGAUGGUGGUCGUCAUCAUCCUCUUUUUCAGCUUGUGGAAAGGAGUGAAGACAUCAGGAAAGGUUGUUUGGAUCACAGCCACUUUGCCCUAUCUUGUACUCUUUGUGUUGCUGAUUCAUGGAAUCACUCUACCUGGAGCCUAUAAUGGAAUCACUGCUUACCUACACAUCGAUUUCCGAAGACUGAAGGAGGCCACAGUGUGGAUUGAUGCAGCCACUCAGAUAUUUUAUUCAUUAGGAGCUGGAUUUGGAGUUUUAAUUGCAUUUGCCAGUUACAACAAGUUUGACAACAAUUGUUACAGGGAUGCUCUGUUAACUAGCACCAUCAACUGUGUCACAAGUUUCAUUUCUGGGUUUGCCAUCUUUUCUAUACUGGGCUACAUGGCUCAUGAACACAAGGUUAAAAUUGAAGAUGUGGCAACAGAAGGUGCUGGCUUGGUGUUCAUCCUUUAUCCAGAAGCCAUCUCCACUUUAGCAGGAUCUACUUUCUGGGCCAUAGUAUUCUUCAUCAUGCUGUUGGCCCUGGGUAUCGAUAGCUCGAUGGGAGGUAUGGAGGCUGUCAUCACUGGCCUUGCAGAUGACUUCCAGAUCCUGAAGCGGCACAGGAAGCUUUUCACAUUUGCUGUUACCUUUGGCACCUUCCUGCUGGCUCUGUUUUGUAUCACUAAGGGUGGAAUAUAUGUGUUGACAUUGCUGGAUACUUUUGCUGCGGGAACCUCCAUUUUGUUUGCUGUUUUAAUGGAAGCCAUUGGUGUUUCAUGGUUCUAUGGUGUGGAUAGAUUCAGCAAUGAUAUUCAGCAGAUGAUGGGGUUCAAACCAGGACUCUACUGGAGACUCUGCUGGAAAUUUGUGAGCCCAGCCUUCCUAUUGUUUGUGGUGGUUGUCAGCAUCAUCAACUUUAAGCCCCUCACCUAUGAUGACUAUGUCUUCCCUUUGUGGGCCAACUGUGUGGGCUGGGGCAUUGCCCUUUCCUCCAUGGUGCUAGUGCCUGCCUACAUUAUCUACAAAUUCCUGAGCUUGAGGGGUUCUCUAAGAGAGCGACUGGCUUACUGCAUCACUCCAGAAAAUGAGCACCACCUUGUGGCACAAAGGAACGUCAGGCAGUUCAAGCUCCAACACUGGCUAGCCAUCUGAUUGUACUCAUCUAAGGAAGAACCCUAUUUUCUGUGCCACAUUUAAAUGGGAUUAGUGACAAUGUCAAGGUUACAGCCCUCUGGAUUGUAUUUCACCAGUUAUUCUUGAGUUGACCCACGGAUUGUCUUAAGGGAAAAGAAUUUUCCUAAAGAGUUCUUUUCUUUCAAUCAGUUACAAAUGAAUUCAAUGAAUCUGGUCUUUGUUUUCCUUUGAGCCACUGAUUUUAUGAACUAUUUCCUGAAAUAGAUUUGCUAAAGUUUAGUAGAAAUAUGGGAUGUAAAGGGAACUGGAAAGACUUGUAUUCCUUCCCUCAAUGCCUCUGUUACAUGGAGAAAAAUCAAGAUAAGAUAAUGUCUGUGACUAGCGCUGGUAAAUUCUUGUUUAAUGGUUACCACAUUAUUUUUGAGAUCAGGCUUCAGGGACAGUCAUGAGAGAAAGACAUUUAGAAGCUUGCUGCCAUCCCUAAUGUCUUACUGGGCCUAUUCUGCAUCCUUCUAAGUUAUAUGAUAUGAAUUGAUCUUUAAAUAUUCUUAGUCCUUCCCUUGGCUAAUAUUUUUGU